AGCUCGCCGGCACACAAUGUGACUGGUGACAAUCCCUUGUUCUGCAGUUAGAGAGAGAGAGAGAGAGAGAGAGAGAGAGAGAGAGAGAGAGAAUGGGGCAACAGGGGAUGAACACACACAUGCGUAGGCAGAGACGUGAAGAGGGAGCUCACACACACCUCUCCUGAUUCAGCGGAACACAUUUAUUCGUCACCUCUCCCUGCAGCCUCACGCAGCGAGCCUGCUGCUAAACAAGACAAUCCCAAACCCAGCAGCACCUGCGCCGUCUGUCAUCCCGCCUGUCUGUCUGCGUAGAUUAACGGCUCUGUUACAACUCUGUCUGCGUGCUUACUGGCGGCCAGUGCAGCUGAGAGACGGAGGGGGGAAACGACAGGCUGAAACCCACCAGAGAGACGAGCGGCGAAUGUGAAUGAUGGGAAAACUAAAAAGCGACGACUGCAUUGAGGAUGUGCCGAUGGAUAAACUGCGGGACAAAUAGAUAACCAAAAACAAAGCUCUGUUUCCGCGUCUCUGCCUUAUGACCUCUUGCAUGGAGAUGUCCAUCAUUAUGGGGUAGAUGCACAGGUCUGGCCAUUGCCAUGGAUACCAGCACGCGAAAAUUCACUGUGCGGAGAUGGUUUUCUAUCUACCUGAAGAACAAGGCAGCGAGGAACAAGAACAACACAGGCUUCUGUCAACUUGAGGAUGACAGUAUUCUUAAGGAGAUUGACAUCAGCCACCAUGUUAAGGAGGGUUGUGAGAAAGCAGACCCCUCUCAGUUCCAGCUGCUUAAAGUCCUGGGACAGGGCUCAUAUGGAAAGGUGUUUCUGGUGAGAAAGAUCAGAGGAGUGGACAGAGGACAGCUGUAUGCCAUGAAGGUCCUGAAGAAAGCCACACUGAAAGUUCGGGAUCGCGUGCGGUCUAAAAUGGAAAGAGACAUUCUGGCCGAAGUGAACCAUCCAUUUAUAGUUAAACUGCACUAUGCCUUCCAGACAGAAGGAAAGCUCUAUCUGAUCCUAGACUUCCUCCGAGGAGGAGACCUUUUCACUCGUCUGUCAAAGGAGGUAAUGUUUACAGAAGAGGAUGUGAAGUUUUACCUUGCAGAGUUGGCCCUGGCCUUGGACCAUCUACACAGUCUGGGGAUCAUCUACAGGGACCUCAAACCUGAGAAUAUUCUUCUGGAUGAAGAAGGACACAUUAAGAUAACUGACUUUGGAUUGAGCAAGGAGGCCAUCGACCAUGAUAAAAGAGCAUAUUCCUUCUGUGGAACAAUAGAGUACAUGGCUCCAGAGGUCGUAAACAGGAGAGGGCAUACACAAAGUGCCGACUGGUGGUCAUUUGGGGUACUUAUGUUUGAGAUGUUGACAGGAUCAUUACCAUUCCAAGGAAAAGAUCGGAAGGAAACAAUGGCACUUAUUCUAAAGGCUAAACUGGGAAUGCCACAGUUCCUCAGUCUUGAAGUGCAGAGUUUAUUAAGAGCACUCUUCAAGAGGAAUCCUGCUAAUCGACUAGGUGCAGGACCAGAUGGAGUGGAAGAAAUAAAAAGACAUCGCUUCUUUGCAUCGAUAGACUGGAAUAAGUUGUACAAGAAGGAAAUGAGGCCUCCAUUCAAACCGACAGUUGGAAGACCUGAAGACACUUUCCAUUUUGACCCUGAGUUCACCUCCAGAACACCCACUGAUUCUCCCGGCAUCCCUCCCAGCGCAAACACACACCAGUUGUUUCGUGGUUUCAGCUUUGUUGCAACAAAUCAAAUUCAAGAGCCUAGUGUUGCUACGGUAGCGCCUUCUCGUCAGGAAGUGACCAACAUCAACCCCAUAGCACAGCAUCUCCGUGGUGAUGUGGUCUUCAGUGAUGUUUAUGAGCUUAAGGAGGAAGUUGGACAGACAGCGACUUCUGUCUGCAGAAGAUGUCUGCACAGAGUUACUGCUGUGGAGUAUUCAGUGAAGAUUAUUGAGAGAGUGAGGAAAGAUCCAUCAGAAGAGAUUGAGAUUCUAUUAAGAUACGGACAGCAUCCAAAUAUUAUCACCCUGAAGGAUGUGUUUGACGACGGCCAGUGUGCGUUCCUGGUUCAGGAUUUAUUGAGAGGAGAUGAGCUGCUGGACAGAGUUCUGACGGUGCCAAAUUUUACAGAGAGAGAUGCGUCAGACAUCAUCUGCACGCUGACCAAGACUGUGGAAUAUUUACACUCACAGGGGGUCGUGCAUCGAGACCUGAAGCCUAGUAACAUUCGAUAUUCUGAUGACAGUGGACUCCCAGAAUGCAUCAGGAUAUGUGAUUUUGGUUGUGCCAAACAGCUCAGGGCUGAGAAUGGCUUAUUGAUGACCCCCUGUUACACAGCUACAUUCAUGGCUCCUGAGGUUCUCAGGAAGCAGGGUUAUGAUGCAGCCUGUGACAUCUGGAGCCUGGGGAUCCUGCUCUACACCAUGAUAGCUGGUUUCAGUCCAUUUGCCAGCAGUUCUGAGGACACAGCAGAGGAAAUUCUGGCUCAAAUCGGCAGCGGGAAAUUCAUUAUCACAGGAGGGAACUGGGACCUGGUAUCAGACCCUGCCAAGGACAUUGUGAUCAAGAUGCUCCAUGUGGACCCUCACCAGCGCCUCACUGCCCCCCAGGUUCUUCGUCACCCCUGGAUUGUUGACAGAGACCAGCUCUCUGACAGUGCUCUCACACGACAGGAUGCAUUUACUGUCAAGGGGGCGCUGUCUGCCACCUACUCUGCUCUGAGGCGCUGUGCUCCUGCUCCAGUUCUGGAGCCUGUUCAGUCCUCCACCCUGGCUCAGCGGCGAGGAAUGAAGAAACUUGGGAGUCCCAAAGUUAAUUCAGACCCUAAAGAAAAGGAGUAGCCUCAACAAUCUGAAUGAAACUCAAAAGAUAUUAAACAGAGAGCCACAUAAUUAAAGAAGAUGUUCUCUUUUUGAAAAGCACAAACUUUUUUACGAAGUGCUUGUAGACCUAUAAACUGAAUGUAUCCCAAAAGGACUAAGCCUAAUUAACUAUAACAAUAAAUCAGUCCACUAGCACUGGCAUCAGGAUUAGCUUCAGUUCACUGAAAGUGUAAAUUUUAAACCUUUUAAAUCUUAAACUAAUAUGAUACUGUGCAAUAUAACAUUCAUCAUGUGCUCCUGCACAUCAAAUGUGACUCUAAAACUGAUCCAGUGGCUUGAAGAAGUUGACUAUUAUUACCUUAAAUUAAACCUUAAUCCUGAUCAGAAAGGGUUUAAUUCAUGCGUUAAUCAUGCAGAAGCCUUGUACAAUCCUUUGGAUGUCCCUCAGUUGUCCUGUGGAAAUUACAAGCUUAAUUAGAAAGUUGCCCUUGAUUUCGCUUGGUUGAAAAAAUAUUUAUCUAAAUUUUAUUCUCACUUUAAUUGUAAGCCUGGCUCUCAGGCAACAUUUCAUGUAGUGUGGUCAUGGCUAUGAAAUUGCAAGGAAUUUGACUGAUCUGAAAUUCAAAGCAAACACAUGGACAUUUACUUUUUGGUCAUACAUGUCAUAAUAUAAUUAGCGCUGUAGUGCAAUAUACACAGACAAAUUGUUGCUUGCCUUGAUCUAUAUCUAUAGUAGCUCCAGCAGCUGAAAGUUAUUAGUAUUCAGUGCCACAAACAACAUGCCAAGUAGUCAGUUUACUUUAGUUUUCAUAUUAAGUGCAUACAUGUAUGUCACCAGGAGUUCAUGGAUAGCCAAACAUUAAUACCAUCUUCCACAGUCAUAACUCAUAUCACAUAUUUCUAACAUUAGAUAUAUGUUAGAGUAACAUCUAUUUGAAUGAGGCACUGUCAUUUAGAUUAUAUUUUUCCUCCAAUCAAUCUUCUGAAUUCUACAGAGUUAUGCAUGUUAAAAAUGUAAAUAUCCUACCAAAGGGAAUUAUUACUUAAGUUAAAAAUGCCACUGAAGUCUUAUUGUUCAUAAUAUGCUUAAUACUUUUACUGUAUGUAUUGCUGUCUUCCAUAAAUGCAGCCUUUGGCUCUUAUACAAUUUAUUGUUAAAUAUAUCACUACUGCACUUCCCAGAUCAGAUGGAUCAGUGAGCUAUGAAGCUAUUUAUGUUGUAGUUUGUUGUGUUUUUUCAUAACAUAUUCAAAAUGUUAUUUGGCUUAAGAGUAGUCAUAGAGGCAGGAAAACCUGGAGCACAUCAUAUGGCUCUCAUAGCAAAACUCUGCAGCCUAAACACCUUUGUAUUAUUAACUCUGCAUUCAGUGUGAUAGUUCAUCUUUCUUUGAGUGUUCGAGUGUGUCAAGUAGUUGCCAUUCGGCUUCUGUUUGCUGUUAGUGUCUGAAAGCCAAAAUGUUUGGGAACCACUGUGUCAGAGGAUUGUACAUACUGUCUAUUGCUGCUGCCCUGAUUGUAUCUAAUAAGUUGUACAAUCACAAUUACGAGGUAAGACUGAACAGGGCGUUUAGCAGAUAUGAGUAGCACACUUUGUGUUGUACAGUUACAGUGUUGUACAACUUACCAGUAGGAAUGUAGAUUUUAAUAAUAAUAAUAAUACUGAUACUUACUGGUCAGAGGUAAAACAAAACAUAUUGUGAUGUGUAACCAAUAAGCACUGUAGCAGAGAUACAGUAAUUCUGUACAUAUAAUGUUUGCAUAUACACAGACUGUAUGUGUUGUGACGCACUGCACAACUGUAAGAGGUGGAGCUGGGACUAAUGCAGCUAUGAGUAUGCAGAUAAGGUUGUAGAUAUUGCGUUGUACAACCAUAAGUUCGAGGUAAAGCUGUAAAUAUUGUUUACUAAUUUAGAUUGUACAUACUGUCAUGCAAAACCACCAGUAAAGAGGUUAGAUUGUAUAUAUAUAGUGUUGUACAACUAUCGGCAAGCAGUGAGACUGUAUAUAUUGUGGUUGCAGAUAUAUUGAGACAUUGUACAUAUUAUUUUGUGUUGUGUAUCCAUUGCUCAGAGUGUACAUACUGUCUAUACCUGGCCAAUCACUGAAAUUAUGCCAAAGUUUUACAAAUAAAGGAAAAUAAUGGAACUAGCA